AUGCAACCACUCAUUCUCCUGUCUCGCACUUCAAGAGCUGCCCCGCAUCGCCUAGCUUCCCUGUCGCGUCAGCUAUCUACCACAGUCGCUGCCAUGGCUCCCAUCGUCAGAGAAACGGAUUAUCUCGUCCUUGGCGGAGGCAGCGGCGGCUUGGGCUCGGCCCGUAUGGCCAGCUCAAAGUUCGGCGCAAAGACUCUUGUUGUCGAGGCGUCUCGCCUGGGAGGGACCUGCGUAAAUGUUGGUUGUGUCCCCAAAAAAGUCACCUUCAACGCCGCUGCCAUUGCCGAGACCCUCCACGAUGCCAAAUCCUACGGCUUCUCCGUCCAGCAGACGGCUCCUUUUGACUGGACCACGUUCAAGAACAAGCGCGACGCGUACGUCAGGCGCCUCAACGGCAUCUACGAGCGUAACCUCGGCAACGACAAGGUCGAAUACUUGCACGGCCGGGGCCGUCUGGUGUCCAGCAACCAGGUCGAGGUCACGCAAGACGACGGCAGCAAGGUGCUGGUCAACGCCAAGAAGAUCCUGAUUGCUGUCGGCGGCCGCCCCAGCUCCCCGCCGCAGAUCCCGGGUGCCCAGCUGGGAAUCAACAGCGACGGAUUCUUCGACAUUGACAAGCAGCCCAAGAAGGUGGCCAUUGUCGGUGCCGGCUACAUUGCCGUCGAGUUUGCGGGCAUGUUCAAUUCCCUGGGCACAGAAACCCACCUGUUCAUCCGUGGAAAGACGUUUCUCCGCCACUUUGACCCCAUGAUUCAGGAGUCGGUCACAAAGGAGUACGAGCGCCUGGGAGUCAAGCUGCACAAGGAGUCGCAAGCCACCAAGAUUGCAAAGGACGCCGACGGCAAGCUGGUCGUGACCUACAAGGACGGGCAAGGCAACGAGAGCUCCGUCUCCGACGUGGACCACCUGAUUUGGGCCGUGGGGCGGGUUCCGGAAACCCAACACAUCGGCUUGCAAGAAGCUGGCGUCAAGCUCAACGACAAGGGGUACGUCGUGGUCGACGAGUACCAAAACAGCAGCGUCGACGGCAUCUACGCUCUCGGCGACGCGACCGGACAGGUAGAGCUCACCCCGGUCGCGAUUGCGGCCGGCCGCAAGCUGGCCCAGCGGCUGUUUGGACCGGCCGAGUUCUCCACGCGAAAGCUCGACUACAGCAACAUCCCAUCCGUCGUGUUUGCCCACCCGGAAGUCGGCAGCGUCGGCCUCACCGAACCGCAGGCCGUUGAAAAGUACGGCAAGGACAACAUCAAGGUGUACAAGACGAGCUUCACUGCCAUGUACUACGCCAUGAUGGACGCUGACGACAAGGGCCCUACCAACUACAAGCUGAUUGUUGCGGGACCGGACGAGAAGGUGGUGGGACUUCACAUCAUGGGUCUGGGGAGCGGUGAGAUGCUGCAAGGGUUUGGCGUUGCCAUCAAGAUGGGCGCAACCAAGGCAGACUUUGACAGCUGUGUUGCCAUCCACCCGACGAGCGCCGAAGAGCUGGUGACUUUGAAGUAG